AUGACGCAUCUUGAAAAUUUUCUAAAAUCUGACUAUUCUACUCUGGAUAAUCUUAAACUUGACUUUAGCUUUUCUUAGAUAGGUGAAUAGAAUGAACCUAAACUAUGUUCUGCUCUUUCAAAUUGUGUCAACUUAACAAAGUUAAAUAUUUAUCUUAGCAGUACUUAAUUCAGCAACAAAUUUCUAUCGAAUUUAGGUUAUUCUCUUUCUUGUUUGUCAAAUCUCACUGAUUUAACUCUAGACUUAUAGGAAACUAAUAUGAACGAUGACGUAGCAUCUGAGUUUUUAUUAAACCUUCUUAAAAAAGAAAAACUUAGAAGUUUAACUCUUUAUUUAAGUGAUAACUAUAUUACUGAAAUUGCAUCCUCGGCAAUUGCCUAAUUAAUAUCUAGUUGCUCAAGUCUAAUUCAAUUAAAAAUCUUCUUAAAUUUUAAUGAAAUUAAGUCAGAAGGAUUAAUUAGUAUAAGCUAAUCACUUGAAAAUUGCACUCACCUAGAAACUCUUAAUAUAUCAAUUGGGGAGAACAAUAUUUCUUCUAACGGUUUAAAAUAGUUAGCUUCUAGCUUAGUUAAAUGCUUAAAUCUUAAAGACUUAAAUUUAAAUAUAUCAUUUAACAAUAUUGAUGAUGAAGGAGGGUCUUAUUUGUUAUAUAAUUUAAUAAAAUGUAAAAAAUUAAAUAAUUUAAAACUGAACCUUAAUAAAAACAAACUAUCAGAUUUGAAAGCCUAACAUCAAGAAGAAAAAGAAGAGAUUUAAACAAGCUUGUGUAAUGCAUAUAUUUAAGUGGAUUCUAACUAAAUUAAUCCAGUUGGUGUAUAGAAUUUGUUAAAAUCUUUGGAGAGAUUCCAAAAUGUUGAAACAUUGUCUCUUUCUUUAAACUAAAAUAAAUUAUUGAUUAAGGAAAAAAAUAUAGGAUUGCUCACUGCUUUAUCAAGCUUAAAUAAAUUAGGAAAGUUGUAUAUUAGUCUAAUUGAAAAUUAAAUACAUGAAGAAGGAUUAUUUGAACUAAUUUAAGUCACUUCAAACUGUAAAAGUCUAAAAGAAUUUCACCUAUAUUUAAGCAAGAACAAUUUAGGAUAAUAAGAGGCAAAAAUUUUAGGAUUUUAUCUUUCUACUUGUAGAAUAAUAGAAAAUGUGGAAUUUAGUCUAAGUUAAAACAAGUUUGAUGAUAACGAAUUCUAAGAAUUUGGAAAUAGCAUUGCUUAAAAUGACAGUAUUAAAUCACUAUAAAUUUAUUUAGAGUAAUGCACUAUUGGAAAUUUAGGGAUUGGCUCUUUAAGUAAAGGAUUGGGACAUUUGAUUAAUCUAACUCAUUUAAAUUUAAAUUUAAUUGAAAAUUGUGUUGAUUCGUAAGGAGCUUAUAAUUUAGGUUUUGGAUUAACUUACUGUUUCAAUCUUCAAAAUUUAACCUUGUGGUUAUCAGCUAAUAAAAUUGGUUCAAAUGGAGUUUUUAAUUUGACUUAAUAGUUAGGAAAAUGCUCAAAUCUACGAACUCUGCAGCUUUCUUUAGCAAAUUGCAAUAUUGGAUCUGAAGGAGCACAUAACUUAGGAGUUAAUUUACUGAGUUGUAAAAAUUUAAUCUAAUUGGAUUUAUUACUCGGAUCUAAUAAUAUCUAUGAUGAAGGAGUAAAUAAUAUACUUAACCUUUUUAAACAUCAAAAAUUGAUUCUACUAUCGUUAAAUCUCUAGGAUAAUGGAAUAACUCCUCAAGCCUAAAAUUAAAUUUAAAAAAAAGGUUUCAAAAUGAAAAAAUUAACUAUUUUCUAAGUUUACUUUUCAUAUUGCUACUUUAAGUGA